AUAUGAUCUCAUUUCAUUUCUCUCUCUAGAUCCCCCGUCGUCGUCUUCUUCUUCCAUUCCUGCCAUUCUUAAUCUCCAAUCGAGAAAUCGAAAAAUGCUUGCAGUGUUCGAUGAAUCGGUGGCCAAGUGCCCCGAAGCCCUAGCCAUCCCCGAUUCUUCCGAGUCUUCUUGUGCCUUGAAAGAUGGCUUCCUUGCACAACAUUUCUCUUCCGUACACCCUGAUUCCGUCACCAUCAACCUCGGUUCUUCUGGUUUCCUUGCAUUCAACAAUGUUAAACAGAAUCCUCUCCUCCCAAGAUUGUUUGCUGUUGUGGAUGAUAUGUUCUGCCUAUUCGAAGGCCAUAUAGAGAAUCUUGGCCAUCUGAAACAGCAAUAUGGUCUAAGCAAGUGUGUGAAUGAAGUGACUAUUUCCAUAGAAGCUUACAGAACCUUAAGAGAUAGAGGCCCUUACCCAGCAGAUCAAGUGGUUAGAGAUUUUGAUGGGAAGUUUGCGUUUAUUCUCUAUGACAGUUCAUCCAAGUCGACAUUCAUAGCUACUGAUGCUGAUGGGAGUGUCCCAUUCUUCUGGGGAACUGAUGCAAAUGGACAUCUAGUUCUGUCUGAUGAUUCGGAUAUGGUGAAGAAGGCCUGUGGAAAAUCGUUUGCACCAUUCCCAAAAGGGUGUUAUUUCACAACCUCUGGAGGAUUGAGAAGUGCUGAGCAUCCGUUAAAUGAUCUGAAGGCAGUGCCAAGAGUAGACAGCUCGGGCGAAGUGUGUGGUGCUCUAUUCAAAGUGGAUUCAGAAUCGAGGAAGGAAUCUCCGGGCAUGCCUAGAGUUGGAAGUGCAGCAAACUGGUCGCAGAACUAUUGAACUCUAACAAUCAUCAUGAUCAUCCCCAUUUUUAAGUUAUGAUCAUCUCUAUUUUGUCUGUCUGUCUGUCUGUGUAUUUUGAUCAUCCACAUAAACAUGAAUUUUAGAACAAUUGGAGGAGGACUGCCAUUUAUAUUGGUGCCUACCUUGGGAUAUUUCUUAUUAUAUUGUAUUAAUUAGUAAAGUAUUCAAUAAAUCAAGUUUUUUUU